CCUCUCCCUCGACGCCCAUGGCGAAACGCAAGUCGCUCGCACCUGACCCGGAGCUCGACUCGGACAACGAGGACGCCAGCGAACGCAGCCUCGUGGACGUCGACUUCGAGUUUUUCGAUCCGCACCCGGAUGUCGAUUACCUCGCCCUCAAGCGGCUUGCUACGCAGCUCUUGCAGGGCGAUGCAGAGCCUCUGCAUGUCAACGACCUCGCGGACCUCAUCCUCUCGCAGCCUCUUGUCGGCACUACCGUCAAGUGCGAUGGGCGGGAGAGCGAUCCGUACGCCGUCCUGACCGUUCUCAAUAUGCGAGUCCACCAAAACCAUCCCUCGAUCAAAGCAUUGACGGAGUACGCGCUGACCAAAUCUUCGGCCGAUCCUGCCUUUCAUGGCACCCUCCAAACUCUGCUCAAUCCCGCGUCCUCAAAUCACGUCGGGUUUGUCUUCUCCGAGAGACUCAUCAACAUGCCCGUGCAGAUCAUGCCGCACAUGUAUCGCAUGCUCGCGGACGAGAUUCAAUGGGCUCUGGAUGAUAACGAACCAUACAACUUCACACACCUACUCAUUAUAUCGCGGAUAUACCGUCUCUCGCCGGAGGAAGAGGCUGAGCUGCAGGGACCUGCCUCGCGCUCCAAGCGACAAAAGCAGACCGCACAACAACCCCCGUCGCGUGGGGUAUACCCCUUCCAUCCAGAGGACGAGCAAAUACAAAAGAUCGCUGUGCAUUCACUCGAUUACAACUUCACAAAUACUAAACCACGUGAGGAAAACGGGUUCGGGCUAGACAUGGGCGGGCGGAUGAUGCUCGUACCUGCUUCAAGACUGCGAGACCUUGUCUCUGCGUUGCAAGACGCUUAUCCACCUCCCUCAUAGUCGAUGUACCGUGUCAUGCAGUCGUCGGUCGACUGGAUGGCAGACAUUCGGAGUGUCGAGAAAACCCCUUUGUGUAUGUAUGUACUCUCAUGUUCCCAUCUAAUGAUGCACGCUUUCCUUGAUGAGAGCCCUCGGGAAUGUCA